GAGAGAGAGAGAGAGAGAGAGAGAGAGAGAGAGGGAGAGGGAUGGAGAGGGAGAGACAGCCGGAGCGCUACGGUUAUUUCUCCCGGGCUCCGGCUGAGGCUGUGUGGUCUUACAGAGCGGGGAUGUCCGCUGACACUCUGUUGCUAAGGAAAUGGACGGCUUGAACGGCUCCGUGGUCCGGGCUGAUAUCUCGUCCUCGCCCCCUCGUCAGCCCACCGUCUCUCUUCAGUGUGUGUGUUUACAGGAAUCACUGCGAACAACGUGACGCGUCAGCUCUGCACCAGCCGGGUCCGGCGGAGCCGCAGCUGAAGAGCUGAGGAAAACUGGAGAUUUUGACUGGCAGCUGGUACACCACCAACCAAGGGAGGGGAGACAGAGAGACAGAGAGAGAGAGAGAGGGAGAGGCAGCUGGGCAGCGGGGUCGACGAGCCUGGCUGGCGCUGGGUGAAUGCUGCCUGACGAGGGCGAGGGCUGAGGAGGCGGUGGCAGGAGCAGGAGCGGCGUCAACUUGAAGGAGACAAAAAAAACAAAGGAGCAUGGCAUCCACGGGCAUGCAGAUAUUUGGAUUUGUCCUAGCACUGUUGGGCAUCAUGGGUGCCAUGGUCGCCACUUUGCUGCCCAACUGGAAGGUCAGCGCAGAUGUGGGCUCCAACAUCAUCACAGCCAUUUCCCAGAUGCAGGGUCUGUGGAUGGACUGCACGUGGUACAGCACAGGCAUGUUCAGUUGCACACUUAAAUAUUCGGUGCUUUCACUACCUGCGUACUUGCAGACUGCCCGCACCACUAUGGUGCUCUGCUGUGUACUGGCUGCCAUGGGCCUCUGCCUCGCAUCCCUGGGACUAAAAUGCACACGUUGGGGAGGUGGACGGCGCUCCAAGCGGCACGCUGCGAUCGCCAGCGGCGGCUGCUUCGUCGCUGCAGGCUUUCUGUGUCUGGUGCCUGCUUCCUGGUUCACCAACGAGGUCAUCACCAACUUCCUGGACUCCAGUGUGCCCGAGAGCAAUAAGUUUGAGCCUGGGGGUGCCGUGUACGUGGCCUUUGUUUCCGCGGGAUUCCUGUUCAUGGGAGGGUGCAUCUUCUGUAUGUCCUGCUCGGGGAAGAGACACGGACCCCAGGAUCUGGUCCUGCUCCCUCCCCCUGAUAAAUUGCUGCUCCAGCAGCAGCAACAGCAACAGCUGCUUCAGCAGCAGCAGGAGCUCCAGCACCAGUACUGCUCUCUCUCCCCAUUAGACAAUAAGACUGGCUACAGCCUGCAGGACUAUGUGUAAUAAAGCAGCGCUGUGCGCGCUACGGCUAAAGGGAGACGAGCCUUGAGGGGAAACCAUCGCGGCUUAUGCUACACACUGGGCUCUACUCCAGAUGGAGGUGGAGGAGAGAAAAAAAAUGAGAAAAGGAGGGCAAUAACUUUGAAUGCAUUUUUCUCUUCUCCUCUAUCUCGCUCUUCUGCCCUUUUCUGUUUUUGCAAGCACAAGCAGUGGAGGUAUUCCCUAAGCAGCGCCUUGGAACAAACAGUGUGAAUGUGUAAGGAGCCAGGAUAAGGUGCUGCAGCAUCGAGGAGGCAGCCGCUAACCAAAUGCAGACAUCCUUCAUCAGUAAAUCACAGAAAGAGUUCCCCGGGGAGUGGAUUAAGCAAAUAAGAAGCCUUCCGUGUAGAUUUUUUUUUUCUCCCCUCGCCAAAGGUUUGAAUUGAAAGAAAAAAAAAAAAGCAAUCAUUUAGCUGCUAUUUACAAUCGUUUCUAACCCUCCCCAGUUGACAGAAUAGGCAAUAUAAACGUCCGAGAGCAGUAGGUGGAAACCCUUUUCAUAGCAAGCCAUUGUAGUUCUUUCGUAUACUUAUCCACUAGAAUGCUACGUGGAGUUGAUUCAAAUAAAUGGUCAUAUUUUUGUUAGCUACUAGAAUGAUGUUGAUAUUUUUGCCUCUAAAAAGCAUGCCGUGUGGAGCCUGUCUGUGUAUUAAUACAGUGGAAUGCCUGGUAGAAGACUGAGACAUAGCCACAAAAUGCCUGUGCCUGAAAAGCUGUAGAAACAUUACCCCGCUGUAACUGUUCAAAGAGGACUGUCAGGAGGAGUAGAUGUGGGCUGCUGGGCUGGAUUUGAGGCAAAAUGCAGACAAACAGUUGCCUGCCUCUCUCUCUUUCUCUGUCUCUCUCUUUCUGCAGGUUGACAUAUGAGAGAGAUGGGAGAGAAAUUUAUAGAAAGACAUUCAAUCCUUCAGCAGAGUGGGCUAUCUGAUAUGCUGUUUUAAUAUUUCCACACAGAUAAAAACAUGCCGCCUGUAAGUAGCAGCCACCCCAUCCCAAUCCAUCUAUCCAUUCCUGCACACCCACACACACACUUACUCAUGCUUUUGUGCGUCUAUGCGUACACAGUAAACACUCUCAGACACGCCGGCUCUUUGCAUGUGCGCUUCCACUUGUGUCAUCCUCCUCCACACUGCCAUGGAAACCAAAUUCACCAUUCAGAUAUCUUUAUUGUCUGAGGAGAAUGUGCGUGUCAAUCAGUGAUUUCAAGUUGUUCGGUGCUUUAAUCAACAACCUCUGCUUCAUGCCACUUAUGCGCUAAUCCCCGUUAUUAGCUGGCGGCAUGAAGCAGCAUCUCUGUUACGCGGCGAGAGGUUUGCCGUGGUGUCUAUACCAUGCAAGCAGUCGUGCAGGGAUGGACGGAUGUUUAAUGGUGCAGUGGCAGAGAGGGGGGGGAGAAAAAAGAAAAAAAAGACAACGAAGCAGAAAAAGGGGAAGCAUCUCGAGUCAUGGUCGGCCGGGUAAGCUGUGUGGCAUGCAGCUAAAAAAGGUUUGAGUCAUUCUCCAUAUGUGACUUGUUUUCCAAGUGCGUCAGCAGUGCGCAUACGCUACCACCCUGCACCUGGUCUCGGUGUCUUAAAUUGCAGCCACUUCACUAUGUCACCAUUCCUCUUUCCCCUACCUGUCACCCCCCUCACUCCCACCUCCACACUCCUUCUUGUCCUGCUCGUGUCACACACCACACGGAUGGUGAUCGCUGACAAGAGAAAGCUGAUGCAUGUUGAAAGCAUGGCCCGCUCCAACACAUGCACGCACAUAAACAAAACUCCCACCUACUCAUAUGUCUGUAGCACUGUUCCGCUUUUCAUGCAGUCAUAUCUCUGAGUGUGUGGACUCUUCUAUGGGGGGGGUGGGAGGAUAUUAGAGGAAUAUUGUUUUCGUGUUUGAGACAGGCCUUGGCAGUGAUGUAUGGAACUGCAUAUUCUCUCAAUCUCUCCCAUAAACAUGCAGCUUCCUGGGGGAGAGCAGAUGGCUGAGCCCAGCUCGCCACCUGCAGGCGGCUGCCGGCACACCACGGGCAUCUCUGUGGGCACCACUGCCGGCCCUGGCAGCCCUUUAGGGGCCAGAUUUUUUUACCCCACCCUGACUGAACCAUCUUGCCCAGCACAGACAGAACUGGCCUCCUGACAAUAACUCACUGCCCAGGCACCAUAACCAAUGCAAUAAACAAAGUAAAGAAUGUGCCAUGUCAUCAACUAAUACCGACACGUUAUGCGUUUCGAGAAUGUGCCAAAUCGUCUCAUGAGGACACGUUUUAAUACUAUCUGGAGUUCUUUCUGUUUAUUUUUUUAUUGCGUUGUUUGUACAUGAAUUAUACAUUAUGGAUUUGUGAUUUGUUCUGCCAGACUAAGUCUCAAGUCAACUAGAUGCUUGUGUACAGUCCAGUGCAGCUUUUCGAGGGUUAUUUUAAAUCCUCUUUAUUCCUCAUUUCCAAAAAAGCACAUCAAGACUUCGCUUGGCAACGAGAGUUUCAUUGGAAAGACACGAGUGUCAUGUUUUCUAGAUGAAAAAAAAAAAGUAUUUGUAUUAGGAAUUCUGGUUCACUGUAAGUCUGUGACAUCUGUACACAAGUAUCUAGGCUGUUUAAGGUGUUUGUUUUUACUGAGGGAUCAGGACUCCCUCUGAUUGUUUCAAUAUAAAAUACAAUGCCAUGUUCAUACCAUAUCUUCUUUAUAAGAAGACGAAUCAAUGCACCUUUGCUUGUGUUACUUUACUUGACAACGGUUUGUUUCAAAUGACUGAGCAUUCCAAGCUCUCUGGACCAGUACCAAUACAUAACACAACUGGCACUCUGGAAAAAACAAACUACAAACAAAAAAAGGGAACGAUUUCUGUCUGAAAAUAUUUAGCAGGGAAAAAAACAAGCUAGAGACUUCUCUUUUUUUUGUGGCUGUGCAGCUUGAUCAUCAGCACGCAAUUUCAUUAGCUUAUAAAUGGCCAGAGUGCAAAGUGACUAGGUCCUAAAAGUCUAAAGAGUUACGACUCUUCUGCAUAUACUGUAACAAGACAUCGAGUUUAUCAUUUUGAUAAUCGCAGCUUAUUUUUGUGGAUGCUUUAGCACUUCUUACAUUGCCGGAGCAUAUUUGUGAUGAUGAACAGUACACAAGUUCUGAUACAGUUGUCUCAAUGUGCUUGUGCAAGUAGUUCUAUUUUUUACCAAUAAAACUAUUUUGUGAAAGCAACAUACCUA